UUGGGGUUCAACUCUUAUACUGACCAUGGGGAGGUCUGUUGUAUAAUUAACAGCUUUUUUUGUAUCGGAGAUUAGUUCACUGUGUAAAUAGGUACAGUUUGGCACGAUUGGUUUUGCAAAGCUAAAGCAAAAAUGUUAGAGAAGGGAAAGAAAGAAAGAAAGAGAAAGAAAGAAAAAACAAGAAAGAAACACUGUAGGCAGAAACCAAAGAAAGAAAGAAAGAUUCUCAGCCCUUCAGCAUCAGACUCCACAUUCCUCCGAGAGUUUCUGGGAUUUGGCAGCUCGGAGAACUGGGGGGGCUUUUGGGAUUUUCUUUAUUUCAAAAUUGUGUUGCCCUCACGCUCCUGCCAAACCUUGCAAAAUGUUUAAACAACUAACGCGCAAAGGGACGACCAACGAUGAGGCCGGAAUUCAAAUGAGCUCAGAAUCUGAAAUCCCGCGCUCUGCAAAGCGGUCGCAAACAUCUAACUGAAAUUGGAUGAGAUGUCCUGAACCCCAGGAGAGACGGCCUCAGAUGAGACAGCGAUGGUCCAGAUGAUCUGGAGGUACUGGGAGCUUCUCUGUCUGUGUCGCCUCUAUGCCUGCUAUUUCUACUCUAGCAGCUCAGAGGCUACGCGACUACAGUUUGUUUCUGUUAUCUUACUGAUAGAAAUGAGUUAUUCAGCUGGAACUCCACUCAGGUGCAACCAACCGCUAACUACUCUCUUUCACAAGGUCACCGUGGUUAUUCGUUUAGCAGACCCGCAAAUUAACAUUAAAACAUGCAGACCCAAGACAGUCAUUGUACAACCCGCCAAAUAAUAUGUAAGAUCGCUGUUUGGAUGAUUAAAAAAAACAAAAACGGACGUUUGUCAAUAUCAGCGUUUGAUUGGCUGCACACUCCAUUCAACGGCGGGUUCUCAAUUCAAGCUGCAUAUGAUGUCAUUUGAAAAUCAACCAAUGUCGUUGUUUGUUCUUGUACUGAUCCGAAAUGGAAUUGUAAUAAUGGAGGUCAGGUUAAUCAUUGUCCUUCCACAGGAGUUAGCCCGGCCCCCAGCAUUCCAGCUGAUGAAACUUACGACCUGAGGUGCUGAAAUGGAUCCAGGUGAAUUCUGUUCUCUGUUACCUCUCUAGGCUCUCUAGAACGCAGCAAUGAAGCUCUGGUAAAGGAAACUCAGCUGAAGACGGCGCGAGCAGCCCCUGCUGUUGAAAUGGGUCCCCCUGUCAGAAUACACUGCCCCCUGCUGGUCGCCUCUCUCGUGCUUUGCUUGGUCAACCUGACAGGCUGUACAAGUUUCCCCAAAGACCUGGAGCCGAUCAACACAGUCAGCCAGCAGCAUUCUUUCCUGUACCCCGGAUUUCAAGGUCUGCCUUCAGACAAUGAGACAGUCAGACUAGGGCUGGACUUCCAAAGAAUGACUCGAAUCAACCAAAUGCUGUACAUUGCUGCCAGGGACCACGUGUUUGCCAUCGAUCUGAGCCUCUCCAACGAGGAGAUUGUACCUCAGCGAAAGCUAACUUGGAAAACAAAGCCAGAAGAUCUGAAGAAUUGUGCUAUGAGGGGGAAAAACAAUGACGAAUGUUACAACUACAUCAAGGUCUUAGUACCUCGCAAUGACCAGACUCUCUUUGCCUGCGGGACAAAUGCCUUCAACCCCACAUGUCGCUAUUAUACGAUGGACUCUCUGGAGCAGGAAGGGGAGGAGCUCCUCGGUCAGGCCCGCUGUCCGUUUGAGUCGAAGCAGCCCAACGUAGCCUUAUUUGCAGACGGCAAUCUGUACUCUGCAACGAUGGCAGACUUCCAAGCCAGCGACGCGGUCAUCUAUCGAAGCCUGGGGGACAGGAGUCCGGUUCUCAGGACAGUGAAGUACGACUCCAAGGUGCUUCGAGAACCUCAUUUUCUCCACGCCAUUGAGUACGGAAAACACGUGUAUUUUUUCUUCAGUGAAAUCGCAGUGGAAUACACCACGCUGGGAAAGGUGGUGUUUUCCAGAGUGGCCCGGGUUUGUAAGAACGAUCUCGGAGGUUCUCCGCGCGUUCUGGAGAAGUACUGGACCUCGUUCCUCAAAGCUCGGCUCAACUGCUCCAUCCCGGGGGACUCCUUCUUCUAUUUCGACGUUCUGCAGUCGCUAAGCGACGUGGUGGAGGUGAACGGACGGCCAGCAGUCGUGGGAGUAUUUUCCACGCAGGCAAACAGCAUCACAGGAUCGGGGGUCUGUGCUUUCUAUAUGGACGAUAUAGAGAAGGUCUUCAACGGAAAGUUCAAAGAACAGAAGACCACCGAGUCUGCCUGGACCCCCGUACCCGACGAACGAGUCCCCAAACCCAGACCGGGUUGCUGCGCGGGGGACGGCCCUGCAGACUCUUACAAGGCGUCCAGCAGCUUCCCCGACGAGACCCUGUCCUUUAUCAAGUCCUACCCGCUGAUGGACGAGGCCGUGGCGUCGGUGAACGAGAAGCCCUGGUUCACAAAGACGGGCAGCAGGUUCAAGCUCACCCAGAUUGCUGUGGACACGGCUGCGGGCCCCGGUAAGAACCACACGGUGGUGUUCCUGGGAUCUGAAGAGGGGAAGGUCCUCAAAGUCCUCUGCAGCUCCGCGGCUAACUCCUCCCACGACAGCCUCCUGCUGGAAGAGAUGGACGUCUACAACCCAGCAAAGUGCAACGUGCGAGGAGAGGACAGGAGGAUUCUGGGAUUGGAGAUGGACAAGGACCAUCAUGCUUUGUUCGUGGCGUUCUCCAGCUGCGUGAUCCGGGUUCCGCUCAGCCGUUGCCGGGACUACGGGAGAUGCAAAAAAAGCUGUCUGUCUUCUCGUGAUCCCUACUGCAUCUGGCUAAAGACCGGCAGCUGCAGCUCCCUCGAACCAGGGUUCAAAGCAGGGUUCGAGCAGGACAUAGAGAACAGAUUCGCUCAGCAACCAGACAGCUGCCACGAUGUCAUGGCUACUACUCAGAAUCAAUACAGCCCUGGUGACUCAGCCUAUGGAAAGACCACACCCACAAGUUCAAGCACCACCAAUCAGUGGGCGGCUUCCCCACAGGUCAGAGGUCGCUCAGAGACAGGGGUGAGACAGCUGCCGGCCGCGGAGAAAGCCGCUCACACGGUCCACUUCACCCUUCUGAUCGCCUGCGUGGUAGUCGCCUUCGCCCUGGGGGCUUUCCUGUCCAGCCUCCUGGUGACCUGCUACUGCAACCACGUCUUCCACAAGACCAAGCGGCUGAGCAAGGACCCAGAGUCCACCAUCCCCCACGCUCUGUCUCUCCGGAGCCUGGCUAAGCUCAACGGCCUUCUGGACGGGCCGGCCAAGGACGAGAAGCUGGAGGCGCCCGCCCCCCACAAGCUCUACAACUCCUUGAUCCCCAACGGGAAGGAACGGUCCAUGGGAAACGGGAAGGGAGACUCGAGGCACCCCCCGGAACUCUCGGGGCUGCCCACGCCGGAGUCGACCCCGGAGCUUCCCAUCAAGAGCGCGAAGGCUUUCAAGAACCAGUGGGAGAAGAAUCAGAAUUUCAACAACGCCGCCAAGGAGGGGAUCCACCCCCUUGUGCCCAGUUCCAGACCCACCUCCGGGGUGCCAGCUCAGGUCUUCCAGUUCCCCAACUCCCUGGUGCUCUCCGGGAACGGCAACGGGAACGUUUUGGGCGGGCAGCUUCAUCCGGAGGAACCCAAGAUCCCGAAUGCUGAACGGGUCAGAGCCCAGCCCUACCCCUGCUACCCACGGAAGCCGGCGGAGGUCAACGCCUUGGACGAGCUUCUGAGGCACCUUCACGGGGUCAACGGCGCCCCGACCGGCGCCCCUCUGGCCCCCAACAACGUGCGCCUCCCCUUCGCCAACAGGGUCCAGCCCCAAAUCCCCGACACGGAAUCUGCACCUUACUACAGCUCCUCCACCCUCCCCAGGGACAGCCUGACCAGGAGGAUGGACGUCCCGCCAGAUAUGCCACCACCGCAGCCCACUUUGGAGAGACCCUCCAGGCACCCUUCGCAGAGACAGUCCCUGUGUCUGGUCCCCAACGUGUCGAGCGGGAGUGAAAUCUGCCGGCAGCACAGUUUCAACCCCAGAAGCGGGCCGCCCCCUCUCUUGGCGCGGAUGAACUCAGCCGGCAGUUACGUGGAAAAUAACCACCAGCCGCUGCACCCCAUCGGUUACCUGUCGCGGCAGCACAGCUACACCGGUCAGGCCACGCCGCUCCCCAGGGCAGGCGCGGUGAGGAGAACGGCUUCGAUGAAGCCAGACGUGCCCCCGAAACCCGCGUUCAUGCCAGCUUCCUCUCCGGCGGUCAACCCUUCGAAUCACUUCAACUAUUAGGUUUUGUCGAUGGAGAGGGGACUUGCUUGAAAUGAACGGAGAGACAAUAGCAAUAGCAGAGGUGCGACCCCAGCCCACACGCCCCGGUCUGUCCAAUCAAAUGUCUCGGACUGACUUCCUGCCUUGAUGGACGUCUUUGUAACUGGAGCGCGUACAGAAGACUAUGGCAGGCAAACUUCUUUCGGAUUGGUAAUAUAUAAAGAAAAAAACUUAAAAGAAACCGCCAGGCAACUAAAAAUAAGUCGAUGAAGACUGUGAAAGACUUUUUGAACAGACUAAAAUGGGGUUGGGAGGUGGGGAGUUGGGGCAAAAACCUAAUUUUCAGGUUUUUCCGUUCCACGGAAAAAUUUAAUCCAACUUACUUUAAAUAUUCGACUAAAAAUAUGAAAAACUGAAACCCCCGUUGCUUGGGAGAACUACGCUUGCCUUAUUCUGUAGAGCUGAACUUCUCCGUGGAGUUUCUUACCCACGCUGAAGAGGUUUAUCGAACCAGAAAUCACACACCUUCCACUUUUCAAGUACCUGGGUUUAAAAAAAAAAGUGAAUAAGCUGUUCGAUGGAACGACAGGAAAAGAUUAUUCUGGCUCUCCGGCCGUCUGUCCCGAUCGUGGAAGAUUUCCUUGGAUUAUCAAAAGGGGAUUGAUUGAGUUUUCUGGACACAUCAGUAAACAUCGUGGAAGCGACUGUGUUCGGAGGUUUGAGUCUUUCAAAGGGAGUUGGGAGAGGGGGAGAACGAGUGAAGUUCUGAACUUGUAAAAAAAACCUUGAUCAGAUUCAGAGACGUCCCUCCACUUGGUUUAAAGACAGCAACGUACAAAACGAACUGUCUAGAAAAAAAAAGAGCCUCGGUAUUCUGAUGUUGAAUCAAGUGGGGCUUAACCUACGGCCCAUUUCAACCCCCCCCC